UUUAAAAUAAGUAAAAUACAGCGAAGAAAUUAUUCAAAAUCGGAUUUUACCAAACCCACAUUUUUUGAACUGAAGUUCGAGUUAAAUCAUGGUUAAUGGAGUUUAAGCAUUUAGCAUAGGAGGUAAAUUUUGAUUAUUGUUUUAAUAAGUAAAUAAUCAUGUUUAUGAUAUAGAAGUGGAAUUGAAUGUCGAGGCAGAAGAAAAUCGGAGUUCCUUGGCCGGAAUUGAACGACGGCCUUUCCUACAACGACGUCGUUCGACCCUCCGAUGCUGGUUUAACACUAAUUGAGUUUUACUCCACCAAGUACAAAAGUUCAGCUCCCUUACAAGGUUGGUUGCAGCGUAUAAAAAGUGACCAGAUAACAGUUGAUGCAAAAGUUGUUACUGAUCCAAACACACUCCUCAGAGCCGGCUCGAAGCUUGUCUAUCAUAGACUUCCGUGGAAGGAGCCCGAUGCGCCUCACACCAUUCAAGUCUUGUAUGAAGAUGAUGACAUUAUUGCUCUAAAUAAGCCUUCUGGCCUGCAAGUUCUGCCUGGAGGUCUGUUUCAGCAAAGAACAGUUUUAACACAACUUCAAUGGGAAACCAACAAUAAAUGUACCUUUGAAGCACACCAAAAGCCUCACCCUGUUCCAGUACAUCGCCUAGGGAGGGGAACUUCAGGAAUUUUAUUAUGUGCAAAGACAAAACUAGCCAGGGUUCAUCUUGCAUCUUAUUUUGCUGAUGGAACAUCUCGCAUAGGAGGAAAAAGAGAUACAAACCAGGAACUUGGGAAGAUUGCAAAGAUAUACCGAGCACUUGUGAGUGGGAUAAUUGAUAAUGAUAAGGUGACAAUUGAUCAGCCAAUUGGAAUGGUAAAAUAUCCUGGAGUUGCUAAAGGGUUAUAUGUUGCUUCUCAAUCAGGAAAACCAGCGCUCAGUGUGGUCGACAUUCUGGAAAGGAAUGUAAAAGAAAAUAGCACAUUGGUCCAGGUUAAGAUUCAAUCUGGACGACCGCAUCAAAUCCGCAUUCAUCUCUCUUUCAUAGGGCAUCCUUUGAUUGGUGAUCCUCUUUAUGCUGUUGGUGGACAGCCAAAAUGCUUGGAUUAUGACUUCCUUGAUGACAGUUUUGCUGAAGACGGAUCUGGUCAAAAUUGUUUCAUUGCUGCUUAUUGUAUAGGGGUUAUCCAAGACCGCCGAAACCAGUUCCUGGAGAUUGUGGAUAUUAUUUGCAUGCACAUGAAUUGUUGCUCACACAUCCAAUAACUAAUGAGAUAAUUGAAAUCAUUGCACCCCUUCCUUCCAUCCUCCAAACACAUGAAGAGGCUAAAGAAAUUGCUAUUGCUCAGUAGACAAACUGCUUAGGUUGUUGAAGAUGAGAGAGAGAGAUGUAUUCAAUUUAAGAUGCUACCCUAAGUUUUGCAAACGUCUCGUUACAAUAGCAAAAAUUAGUAGAAAUGUGAGCGAACAUUGCCUCAAGUUUGACAACGGGCAAAAGUGAUUGAUUAACCUAUUUUGUAUUCUCUUUUUUGUACUCAAAUCUUCACUUAUUUGAAUGAUUAGAAGUAUGAAAAUAUAAAUACACACCUGUGAUAAAUGAUA